GAUGGGGAUUUGGACCCUGCCGAAUUAUUUUCACCUCUACAGCAAAAUUCGAUGCCUCGGAGAGCGGCGGAUACUGCCACGACUGAAAGGAAGAUGCACAGGAGAACGAACACGGAUUGGUCGGGCAGUUCAGCUUCAGAUGGGAGUUUAACUGAGCUAGCUAAUAGCCCUGAUGACAUCCCAAGAGAAUGGCACAAGGGAUCGGAUCCUGUCGAGAAACUCAGAAGUGAAAACACUAUGUUAUUGAGGCAACUAGAAGUAUCCGAAUUGGAGUUGCAGUCUCUUAGGAAACAGAUUCUGAAGGAGAACAAUCGGACGCGGGAUCUGUCGAGACAAAUUACCAGCCUUAAAGAAGAAAGAGAUGCAGUGAAGAUAGAGUUCGAACAACUCAAGUCGAAGGAAGUAUGUGACAGUGGAUCAGAAGACGAAAACGAGGGAUCAAAGGCUCUGCUAAAAGAAAUUAGGCAUGAGCUGGAGCAUGAAAAGGAGUUGAAUGCCAAUCUCCGGUUGCAGCUGCAGAAGACGGAGGACUCGAAUUCUAAUCUAAUUCUUGCAGUUAGAGACCUCAAUGAAAUGCUAGAGCAAAAGAACAUCGAAAUAGCUCGCCUCACCAGCAAGAUCGAAGCAAGUACGAGUAUUGAAGAAGCACGACACAAUACCGAUGAAGUACACAUGAUGAAGCAGACGAUCACAGACCUGAAUGCAGAGCUGGAGUUUUACCAGAAACAUAAGGAGGAGUUAGAGAUGCAUAUAGAAGAAUUGAACCAUGAAAAUGACAAAAACCAGCUACAAGAAUCAAUGAAGACACGAAAUGAACUCGAAUCACAAGUGCAAAGACUUGAGGAUGAAAUCAAGCAGCAAUCAGAAGAAUACUCGGAGUCCUUAAUCGCCAUCAACGAACUCGAAACUCAAGUGAAUGAAUUAAACAAAGAACUGGAGAAUCGAACACAAGGGUUUGAAGAAGAGCUCGAUGCCAUUAUACAUGCCAAAACCGAGCAGGAACAGCGGGCCAUCCGAGCAGAGGAGGCCUUAAGAACAACAAGAUGGAAGAAUGCUGCCAAUGCCGAGCGGGUUCAGGAAGAAUUCAAAGAGCUCUCUGUUGAAAUGGCUGGUAGGCUCGAUGAAAACGAAAAGAUGACAAUGAAAGCAGUUGCAGAAGCGAAUGAAGCCAAUGAAGAACUCAGGCUACUUAAAGAUCAGACCGUGAUCGAACUAGACAACCUCAAGCACCAACUAGGUCUCAAAGAAGAACAAAUAGCAAACAUGUCAAUGGAACUCGAUGAUAAGACUUCAAAACUUCAACAUGCACAAAAGCAAGAGAAGGAAAACCAGGAAGCCUUCUCGAAAGAAAUUCGAAUGCUCAAGACCGAGAUCGAGAAGCUCGAAGAGCAGAGAAACCAAUUUUCUGAUCAGGCAAAGCAAAGUGAUGAAACCAGAAAAAUGCAGACAUCAAAUGAAAAAACCGAGAUUCUGAUACAAAGAUGGAACAAAGAAAGAGAUGAAUUGGAGAGAAAAAUCGCUUCGGCAAAGAAGGAAACAGAGAAGGCACAGAAGCAACUGAUUAGUACAAGGUCAUUGAAGGAUAAAAAGGAGAUGGUGAUCUCAAAUCUGCAGUCAGAAAUGGAUAACAUCAGAGUGGAGUGUAACGACUUAAAACACAGCCUGCUCCAAGAAGAAAGGGAGAAAGAACAGCUGAGAAAACAGUUGUCCCAAUUAAGAAACGACCUGCAAAAGAAGGAAGACGAAAUCAGCUCUAUAGCAGUACCAGUUGAAAGUGAUGCUACUAAUCUCACCGGUUUGCUAAGUGAAGCGGAGGGUCUCAAGGAGAGGAAUAAAGCUAUGGAGCGUGAGCUUAAAGACAUGGAAGAAAGAUAUUCAGAAAUAAGUCUCAGAUUUGCAGAAGUGGAAGGUGAAAGACAGCAACUCGUGAUGACUGUGAGAAACCUUAAGAAUGGCAAGAAGAACUAAACAACACAAAAAGGAAGAACUUGUGAAA